CAGAGCCAUAUGUCAAUGGUCAGUGCCAGAGCAGAAACUACAUCCGCGUCAGAAACAAACACCACCAUAUUAGCAGCUAACGUUAGCAUGUCAGCUAAUGUGUUGACAGCUGUAUAUAUCUAUGGUUGACAGCAUAGACUGUUCGUAUUAACAGGCGACUUCUGAAGCUAGCACGCCAGAAAUCCUUCAGAAAUCCAACACAAAGUUGUGUAUGCAGGGAGGGAAACCGCUGCCCUCCACAGUCGUCAGGAGCUGAGUGUGUCCUCCGUACCAGGCUGAUACAGAUGUCCGCUCCUCCUCCCGAAGAUUUGGUCAAACACUGGGAGAGGUGCUGUAUGAGGACAGUCAGAUGGUGACCCUGACGGCCCCCUACAUAGCUGGCUUCCUGGCCUUCAGAGAAACCCCCUUCCUCCUGGAGGCUCUGCAGCGGCUGGAGAGGAACCAGCCCCGACUUCUGCCUCAGGUGGUGUUUGUCGAUGGGAAUGGUCUCUUCCACUACAGAGAGUUCGGCCUGGCGUGUCAUCUCGGAGUGCUGUCCGGGCUGCCGUGUGUGGGCGUGGCCAAGAACCUGCUGCAGGUGCAGGGCGUAUACAAGAGUGAAGAACACCAGUCAAAGAUAGCUGCUCUGCAGAAAGGAGGAGACAGCUUCCCGCUCGCAGCCGCCUCAGGCAAAGUGCUUGGAAAGGCAUUGCGAAGCUCCGACAAGAGCUCUAAGCCGGUGUACGUGUCCGUUGGCCACAAGAUCAGUGUGGACACAGCUGUACACCUCACACACUCCUGCUGCCGCUACCGGGUCCCAGAGCCCAUUAGACAGGCCGACUUUCGCUCCAGAGAAUACCUUCGCACACACUUCCCAGCUGCUGACACAUGAAACAAGGAAUGAGGUUGCAGAUGCAGCGAAGGAUCUCAACAUUUUGAAAUUUGACAUUCUGAAGACCAGCAACUACAGAAGACCACUAAAAAGUGUGUGUGUGUGUGUGUGUGUGUGUGUGUGUGUGUGUGUGUGUGUGUGUGUGUGUGUGUGUGUGUGUGUGUGUGUGUGUGUGUGUGUGUGUGUGUGUGUGUGUGUGUGUGUGUGUGUGUGUGUGUGUGUUUGUGUGUGUGGUAACUUUGAUGUGCUUUUAAAAGUGCAGCUGUUUUAGUUUGGGCCAAGACACAAGUCGCAUUAACUGUAUCUUUUUAUGCUCUCGCUCCAUAUUUAAACUGGAUAUGGGUCAGAUUGGCUCUUUUUAUACACUGAUCUAAUUACAUUUUUGGGUCACUCAGCUUUUUACACUGGGAGCCUCGUCAAUAAAUUAUAAAAAAUGUCCCUGA